AAAUCAAACGUGUCUCACAACAAACUGUCCGUGGAAAUACUUCAAAUACUUCACAGUACUGUAACUGGACGCUACUGUGAGUAGCCGAUACUCAUUUUAAAAGUAUCCUACAUCUGAACUUUAUGAAAGGUCGUGAGUGUGCGAAACGAAAGGCUUUCCUGUAUCUCCAUUGUAAACGCUAUGCCAGACCCAGCUCCAAACGCCAUUUGUUUCCGAUGGACAAACCUCAGUUUUAGUUCAGCUGGUGUGUUUCCAGCUCUGCCGAAGUUACUGUCAUACAUAUCCCCUGUUAUCGUUUUAGGUUGGGAUAUGUCGUGCACUGUUAUCAACUGGCAACCACACUUAUAAAUCUUAAAUUUAGCUUGUUCUCGGACCUGAAAGAACAUGGGCAGCCACAGCGACUCCACCAGCGACCUGGACGAGGAGUUGCCUGUGUUUGACUUCCUCCAGCCUGGUCGCCACAGACAGAAAGCAGACAAGGUGGAUCUGGCUGAUUCCGAUGCAGAAAACGCAGUAUGCCUCCCCCCAGGGAAGGAUAAAGCAGGUGCACGCAGGGGGGUGGCUGAUGUAAUGAUGAUCAGCAGCGAUUCCGAUGAGGAUGAACCUUAUGUCCCUCUGGCCCAGAGACUCAAACACAGACAAGACAAUGUGAUUAGUGCUUCCUCUGCUGUCACUAAUGGGAAAGAUGCUGAGCUGAACUCCCCAUCCAAUCUGCCCAGUUUACAGCUCUCCUGCCAGAAUGGGUUUCCAAAGUCACAGCCCCUGCUCAGCUACCGCCAGGUGAGUCAUAGUGCCUCAGAUGGUCCAGAGGAGGCAGCAGCUCUCCCUAAGCGAUGGCCGUGUACGAAGCCCGUCUCCAGUGCAGGGAGCAUCGACACCUCCCCUGCCAGGAGGAAUCCUGCCAAGCGGAAGGCAGGGGAGAUCCAGGCUUCCAGGGAGGAGGCUCUAGAGAGGAGGCAAGCCAGGGAGAGACAGCAGGGGGACAAGGAGGUGCUCCGGCUGGAACAGGAGAGACAGAAAGCAGAGAGAAAAGCUCUGGCAGAGGCUGCCAAGGCCCUGAAGCCAGAGGAGUGUAUCAAGCACAUGGUGGUGGCUGUGGACCCAGCUCUCUUACAGCUGGAGGGAGGCGGGACUCUGCUGGCGUCUGUGCAGGCUCUGGGCUGCAGUUGUGCCAUAGAGAAGCAACCCCUCCCACGCAGUGUCAGCUGGAUGAGGAGGGCUCCCUGUGCACAGCCAGAUGACGGCCUGUGUGUACCAGAGGCUCAUGUCGUGAUGCAGAUGACCGUUGAGGACUUCAGCUCUCUGAUCCACAGCUACGUUCAGGAAGAGAGACAUGGCAAGUCAGACGCUACGCCAACUCUUACGUCGUGGGUGCAGGACCAGCAGAGACGUAACCCUGGAAAGCUCCUCAGCCUGGUGGUCAUCGACAUGGAGAAAUACUUCAGAUCCCAGAAGUCACAAAGCCAGAAGAGGUUUCGAGAGGCUGUCACAAAUGAAGAGCGAGCCGGAGGAAAAGUGAGGAAGACGAAAAAGAAGGCUGGAGCUGAGGCGCUUCCUGAGGUGUCACGGGUUGAAGUAGAAGAGGCAGUGGCACAUCUCCAGCUCCACACUGGCGUCUCAGUCCGCUACUUGUCAACCUGGAAAGACUUCUCCGACCACAUCACCAUGACAACCAAAGCAGUUGCAGAGGCCCCUUUCAAGCGAGAGAGGGAGCAGACGGGCUUCUCUUUCUUCCUGGAGAGCGAGUGGGCGGGCGGUCAGCGGGUGGAUAGAGCUGGUAAGGGCCUGCUGCAGGUGUGGAAGAGACAGAUCCAGCAGUUCAACAGAGUCAGCCCAGACAUGGCCGCAGCAAUCCUGGCAGCUUACCCAUCCCCACAGCUGCUCAAGAAGGCUUACAGUCUGUGCAAGACCGACCGCGAGAGGAUCUCCCUGCUGUCGGACCUUCUGAUCCGCAGAGGCGAAGGCGUGACCUCCACGACUCGGAGGGUCGGCCCAGAGCUUUCCAAACGCCUCUUCCUCAUGAUGAGCUCCCGCGAUCCUGAGCAGACACUGGACGCCACUGUCUAACUCAUGAGAUGUUCCCAAUACUGUUAUCAACACUUGAAUUCAAUGUCUGUUUCUUUUUUUAUGUUUUGUAAAUAUUAUAGUUUUAUGAAAAGAUAAUUUUAAAAGGUUUUCAUAAGAUAAUUAUUUCCAAGAAAAAUGGUAGUGAAUAUUUUACAACCAGUUUUAUUCUCGUAAUUAACACGAAUAGCGUAGCGUUAUGAGAAUGGGACCUGUGUUGAAAAGUGCACUCUCCCUUAUUUUUCUUUUUCAAUCCUUUUUUAUACAUUAUAUCAUGACCACACCAUAGUCAUUCACCGUUAAGAUACUUAACUCUGUGUGGAACAGCACCUCUGUGGCUCCCCUCUAAUCUGGUUUCAUCAAGCGUUAUAUGUGCAGUGUAACACCUCAGCCCCCUGUGUUUUAACUGCUGUCCAACUGAAUUAAA